AUGCAGACAAAUCAAACCACUGUAACUGAGUUCAUCCUUGUUGGAUUCAUGGACCACCCAGAGCUUCAGAUUCCCCUCUUCAUCUUCUUUCUGCUCAUCUAUCUCAUCACUCUGGUGGGAAACAUUGGGAUAAUCAUUCUAACCAGAAUUGAUCCUAGGCUUCACACCCCCAUGUACUUUUUUCUUAGAAAUCUCUCCGUUAUAGAUAUUAGCCUUUCUACUACCAUUGCCCCAAAAUUGUUGACAACAUUUUUGAUAGAACAUUCAACCAUUUCCUUCACAGAAUGCACCACACAAUUCUUCUUUUUUGCUGUCUUUGUAACCGCUGAAGGUUGCCUUCUGGCCGUGAUGGCAUUUGAUCGCUUCACAGCAAUCUGCAACCCAUUGUUGUAUUUUGUUAUCAUGUCAAAGAAGCUUUGUACCCUCUUAGUCAUAGCUGCCUAUACUUGUGGCUCUGCAAGUUCAAUAGUCCAGACUAUAAUUAUUUUUACUUUGAAUUUCUGCAGCUCAAAUACAAUUAAUCAUUUCUUCUGUGAUGUUCCGACAAUGCUCCAAUUGUCCUGUUCAGAUACACACAUUGCUCACUUUCUGCAUUUUGUUAUAUCCACUGCAAUUGCACUGACAACUUUUCUGACCGUUUUGAUCUCCUACAUUGCCAUUGUUAUUGCCGUCCUGAAGAUCAGCUCUACCCAGGGAAGAUAUAAAGCCUUCUCCACCUGUGCCUCCCAUCUCACCACUGUGACCAUUUUCUUUGGAACCAUAAUCUUCAUGUAUAUACGACCUGGCUCCAAUUUCUCAUUGGAUAAAGACAAAAUCAUAUCUGUCUUUUAUACUAUUGUCAUCCCUUCAUUUAAUCCACUCAUCUACAGUCUGAGGAACAGGGAAGCAAAGGAUGCUGUUAGCAGAAUGCUAGACAAGAUAACACUGUUGAAAUAA